UCGAAAGGCAAGAGGGUACACUCGCUGUCUCUCUGAAUGACUCUUUGCAAAGUGUCCACCGUUGUCCAGUCCUAUCCAAACAUGAUCGACAAGGGAUAGCUCUGAUUCAUGUAUCGGAAGUACUAUUUAGUAGAGGUUGUUCUUCUGCUCCUUCUAUCCCAUGGCGGUUGGAACGGACCCUCAGUCACUUUACUUUCUUGUACUUCUGAAACCUCAAAACUCGUCAGAGAUGUCGUCCAAAAGCGGUUUCUGUCAGUUGUGGAUCGGUACAGGGUGUCCCUUCCCCUGGAAUGCCCCCUGCAUCCCCGAAGGGACAUGUUCUGGUGGCUACAGACGGAGCUUGAGGCCACCAAGAUCGAGGGCGAGGAAACGUGGCACUGCCCGGUGUGCGGCCAAAAGUUUAGAUGCCAGAACACUUUCGUCACGCACUGGGAUGCCUCGCAUGCCAAGACACUCGGAAUGGCCGAAGAGACGGUGUGCCUCGACGACUUCUGCGAUGUGUUUCGGUGCGACGUUCUUCGGAAGCGAAUGCUAAAACAAAGGAUGGAAGAGGAAGAAGAACUGAGCAAGACGGCGAAGCAGCAGCCCCCUUCAGGCUUCCAGAGCCUCACCCUUGUGAAGCACAGGACCCAGGAGCCCGAGGAAGAAGACGAUGACAUCAGAGAGAAAAAGAGGAAUUGCAAACCGGAAGAGAUGAGCCGCAUACACAACAAGUGCAGGACUCUGAUCAGACAAUGCACAAUUGGUAUGCUGGUUAAUAUGUCAUCGAAGGACUUUCAAGACAUCGAAGAUGACUUGGAUCAAUCCAUCUGUUCCUUCCUCACAUGCGAUAAAUAUUGGGAUGACUUUGAUUCUCAUGUACACCGAGUACCAGUUCUAGUCAUAACUAUUCUUGGAUUAAUUGUCAUCAGCUUGUUCUGCUUUUGCUACUAUGGAUUAUGGAUCCUGUUAGAGAAAACCCCUCUAAAUAACAGCCAAGUGUGCUGCAGCUGCCAGAAGUCGUCCGACAUCCGCUAUAGACAGAAACAUCACAAGCGCAAAUACAAACAAAAUUCUACUGGAUACAAGCCUCUUCAAAAUUCUCCAGAAUUCCCAGGAAGACAAAAUCCCCCCGAAUCAGACUCCAGACAAAUUGCUCUUAAAGGUUCUUCUCGACAAGGUUCUCCGGAAUACAUUGUAAGACAGAACUCUCCCGAGUACAUAACCAGACACGAUUCUCCCGAAUACAUUUCAAGACAAAAUUCUCCUGAAUACAGUUCCAGACAAAAUUCUCCUGAAUAUGUCUUUAGACAAGGAGUUCCGGAGAUUUAUGUUACAAGACAAAAUUCACCGGAGUAUAUUACAAGACAAAAUUCACCAGAAUAUCAUCCGAGACAAAACUCACCAGAGUACAUAACAAGGCAAAAUUCUCCCGAAUACAUGGCCCAACAUAAUUCAACACCGUAUGCAACCAGACAAAAUUCUCCCGAAUAUAUAUCAAGACAAAAUUCACCAGAAUAUAUAUCGAGGCAAAAUUCUCCAGAAUAUGUAUCGAGGCAAAAUUCUCCAGAAUAUGUAUCGAGGCAAAAUUCACCAGAAUAUAUAACAAAACAAAAUUCUCUAGCAUAUGUAUCGAGGCAAAAUUCACCAGAAUAUAUAACAAAACAAAAUUCUCUACAAUAUACAACAAAGCAAAAUUCUCCGGAAUAUAUAUCAAGGCAAAAUUCGCCAGAAAGUCUACCAAAACAAACUUCCCCCGACUAUCUAGAAAAACAAAAGCCUCAAGAUUUCAUAACAAAACAAAAUUCUCCAGAAUCUAUGGCGAGACAAAAAUCUCCAGAAUAUAUUAAAACAAGGCAAAACCCACAAGAGAAUUAUUAUUCACAAAAUCCUUCUGAAUUUUAUUAUAAUCAGACUUCUACCGAUUUUCGAAACACUCAAAAUUUAUCUGGAAAUCAAUUUCCACCGAAUUAUCCUGAACUUCAGUAUAAACAAAGACCAUCACAGCUACAAUGCAAACAAAAUUCCUCUGAAAUUAACCAUCAAAAAGAUAAUUCUGAGUUUCAGUAAAUUCUAAAGAUCUCUUGAAAGCACAACUAAGAACAAAGAAAAUAAACUGUGAUUAUGCAAAACACAAUUCAAAUAUUUUUAUAUCAAUACAAAUAUUCUUACUUCAAGCUAUUCAAAAUUGUAACAUUCAAAAUUAAUUAAUUAAAUAUUUAAUUAAAAAUUAUCUUAAUAGAAUUAAUAAG